AUGGAUGACGAAAAAUCCAGGGAUAACCGUUCCGGCCCUAAGAGCCGAACUCACGCCCAGCAAAAGAGCCGAUUCGGCAUGGAGUUGUCGCAUCACGGGAAUUUAGAAGGGGAACGGUCAGGAUGGAGAAGAGAGCACCACAGAGAGAAUAAGGGGGUGUCUGCAGGCCUCACUAAGCUUUCUAUCUCAGAUGCCCCUGAAAAUGCCGACGAUGAGUUGCAAAGAGAAUGCACCCGAGAGGAAGAAAUUCAAGAUACUGAGCGUACCGAAUCACUUACCGAACUUGCAGUCCCACCUCCUAUAGGUCGUGUACCAUCUCAUCGGGGUGACUGGGCGGCUCUCGAGAGCGCUGAGUCUAGAGUUACAACACCUGUCCCUAGCGCUGAGAAUGUCACUAGGAGCGAAACGAGGUUAUCGAAAUGUGCUACUCACCUUUAUACCAUUUCAUACCUUGUGUUAUUCUCAAUUCUAGGUGUGCUUGCACGGAUUGGCAUGGAGUGGUUGACUUCUUAUCCUGGCGCUCCUUUAACUACGGGAGUUACGUGGGCAAAUGUGGGAGGCUGUCUCUGCAUGGGAUUCUUAGCAGAAGAUCGAAAGUUGUUUCGUGAGGAAUGGGGGCAGUGGAGACCAAAACAUUCCAGACGUGAAUCUACCAAAUCCAAUAUUGCUUCUAAUCGCUCUGCUCGUAAGCAUUCCCCACAUCCUGUCAGACCUCACAGCCGUCGGUACUUCCACUACCAUAGCCACCACCAACGGCAGCAGCAAGAGCAGAAUGAACAACAUGAGCAACCCGAACGAAAAGAAGAGCAAUCAGAGCAGCCCCUAGACCCAGCCCAGUCCCUUGAAAGGCACAAAGCCGUCAAAAAGACCAUACCACUCUAUAUCGGCCUAACAACCGGCUUCUGUGGUUCCUUUACCUCCUUCUCCACCUUCAUGCUCGAUGUUUUCCUCAGCCUAGCAAACGAUCUCCCAAUCGCAGGCAGCCCAUAUAACCCCAUCACCCGCAAUGGUGGAUACAGCUUCAUGGCCGUGCUGGCCAUAAUAAUAUACACUCUCUCCCUCAGCCUCAGCGCCCUACUCUUCGGCGCCCACCUUGCCAUAUUCAUAGACGAGUAUACCCCGAUAAUCCCCUAUCUCUUCACACGCAAGUUCCUCGAUCCUCUUGCGGUUUUCCUAGCCUCUGGAUGCUGGCUUGGUGCGGCCUUCCUCGCCAUCUGGCCACCAGACCGUUCUCUUGGUGUCCACGAGUACUGGCGUGGCAGAGCGGUGUUUGCCAUCGUCUUCGCGCCGCUGGGUUGUUUGUUUCGCUUCAAUGUGUCUCUCCUGCUCAAUGCGCGCAUACCUAAGUUUCCCCUCGGAACUUUCGCUGCGAAUAUCUUUGGGACUAUGGUAUUGGCUAUGUGUUACGAUCUGCAGAGAGCUACGAGGGUAGUUGCCUUGUCUUCCGCUUCGUCUUCUUCCUACGCUUCUGCCGCCGCUGCGAUUGCUGCGGGGGCAGUUAGUGUCACACGUCUAACGGGCUGCCAGGUGCUACAAGGCGUUAUAGAUGGGUUCUGCGGGUGUGCGACAACGGUAAGUACUUGGGUGGCGGAGCUGGAUAGUCUUGAGCAUGAACAUGCGUACUUUUAUGGCCUGGUUACUGUCGCUGUUGCACUGGGAGUUUUGGUUAUUACCAUUGGUUUGUUGAAGUGGACAGUUGGUUUUGGACUUGCGGUUUGUUAA